CAAGUCCUUUAUUUGGUAGCGGGAAUGAUAAUGGCCAGCUGUUAAUGCGCCAUGGCCGGUCACAGGAAUUACAAGGCUGACCGAAGUAGGGGACAACGUGAAGUAAUGUGUACUAAGUCUCGAGCCAAACUUCACCGCUGUUUUAACCACAGAGGAGGAAUUAGAGCGCUUUUAUGCAACUUUCUUUACACAAAGUCAGGGGAAGUUUAGGAGACGAGCUGUCCAGUGAAACUUGGAUUUUUAAAAGUUAAGUGUUAAGUUUUUUGGGGGGGCUACAGCCAUGGCUUUGUCCCAGAUACAGUGUCUGGACGAUAACCAUGUGAACCCACGGACGCACGAGUCCAAACCGGAAUUCUUCUACAGUGAAGACCAGCGGCUCGCGCUGGAGGCUCUCCUGCGGGAUGGUCGCACGGCUUUUGUUAAGUACCUGGAGGCUCGCGACCUGCGGGGCUUUCUCUCAGACCCGGAGCAGGAAAAUCUGGUCGGUUCGGUGGAGCCCUAUGACCCGGGCUCAGAGCUCUUCUCGGAGGGUGCAGAGGACAAUGAAACCCCGCUGUCACAGCACUACUGGCCGGACUUGUCGGACACGUCCAUCCCACAGAUGGACCUGGGCUGGCCGGACAGCGAGGCUUACCGGGGGGUGACACGCACUACCGUGUACGCGCAGCCACCGCUGGAUGGUCAGGCGCACAUUAAAGAGGUUGUCAGGAAAAUGAUUGCGCAGGCGCAAAAGGUCAUAGCAGUGGUGAUGGAUGUCUUCACUGAUAUUGACAUCUUCAGAGAUUUGAUAGAUGCUGGUUUCAGGAGGAGGGUUUCUGUCUACAUCCUGUUGGAACGCACAACGCUACCUCAUUUCCUGUCCAUGUGUCAGAGGGCCAACUUGCACCCCGGACACCUCAAGCACCUUCGUGUACGCUGCACAGAUGGAGCAGAGUUCUACACUCGAUCCUGCACUAAGGUCAGAGGGCGAAUGGGACACAGGUUCAUGUUCAUCGACGGAGACAAAGCUGUGUCUGGCUCGUACAGUUUCACCUGGAUGUCAUCACGGUUGGACAGAAAUCUUAUCACUGUGAUUACAGGCCAGGCGGUGGAGGCCUUUGACCGACUGUUUCGCUUCCUUUACAUGAGCUCUAGCUCUGUUGACCUUCGGCAGGUUGCCACGGAGCCUGAACCUGAGCCGGAGCCCGUCCCUCAGCCAGUCACUGCCGCCCCUCCUUCUGCUGAGAUUGCUAGGAAACUGUACAACCCCAAAUAUGCCCUGGUUGCUUUAGGCAACCCCAGCUCCAGCCCUACCCCUUCUACUGGCCACAACAGCCCUAAAGAGUCCCAAGAAACCAAGAAGAAGGGGCAGAGGGGGGCUAUUAAAGAAGCUAUACAGGAAGCUCCUCCCCUCCACCCUGGACUUACCGAUCUCGAGAAGGCAUGUUUGAUCUCAUACUUGCCAACCUGGCCAGAGCCUGACCCCCCCAGUGACGUAAUUGGGUUCAUUAACAUUCGGGAUACCAGCAAACCGAUUCAAGCCGGCCUGCAGCGCUCACAGAUGUUUGAAACCAGUCAAGCGAUCAGGUUUAGCAGUCCGCUCAGUAUGCCCAAGGAAACCCUGCCAGAGGUCGCCAAGCUGAGGCAGCCUACUAAACAUGAGGAGAUGAAUAAACCCCAGCCAACACCAGAAACAAACAAAGUUGAGGAGCCUGUAAUAGAUGGACCGCAGGCAACAAAGCUCAAAACUAAAGCAGAGGAAUCUGAACAGAAAUCUACUGCAUCUGAACUAAAGUCUGAACCUGUCAAAGGUGAGUCUCUCAACACUGAGACACACAGUCUGCAUUCAAACACACCCCCCAGCCAAGAUGCAGAACACCUCAGUACACCUCACAUCAACACACACACACCUCAAUCCAGCAACAAGGAGCCCACUCCUAACACUGAGAGGCCUUCACAAACUGUUACCACAAACAGUCCUAAGCCAGACUCCCUACCUGAAUCAAACACCAAUAAAGAAGCACAAACUAGUUUAAACACACAGAGCACUGUUGUAGACAGGACUCACACCCAGGAGUCAGAAUGUACACAAACCUCUAAACUGAGUAGCCCCACUGACUUGAACUCAAAUGCAAAAGAACACACACAAACAAAGGCAGUGCUGCCACAUACAGAUUCACACACACAAGCUUAUCACACACAGUCACAAAGCUCCUCUGAAAUUGCUCCUCACAGGCAAACUCCCGCCGUCCACGGCCAUAUUUCUUCUUCCUCAGCUGCUGCCGUGCACUCUCAGUCUGUCAGUUCCACCUCCAUUUCUGAAAAUAACCACAUCCCCAUUACUACAGUGCACUCAAGCAUGGCUACCAAUCCCUGCACUCCUUUGCCCUCCAUCAACUCCACUUCGUCCCUUCUUCCUCCUCUUACCUCUUCUUCUACAACUCCCCUUCCUCCCCUUUCUUCUUCUUCUUCCCCUCCUAUCCCCAAACCUCGCACUGUCCAGCUGGUUAUCAAAGAUGGCAGUAAUGGCCUGGACCUGCCAAAGAUCAGUAUUGUUAAGAGGCCUGAAAGCCUGGCAAGCAUAGGGCCGCAAGUGGCCCACAGUGAGCCCGCAGAAGAGACUGUGGUGCAGACACCAGCAGAAAAAGAGCCAGAGACUGUCCUGGAAAUGCAGAAAAACAGUGGUAGCACAACAGGAGCAUACAAAGAUGAUGAGAAAGCGGGAAAUCCCAGAGAAACUGAACAGCAGAAACAAUGUGAAACUUCUCCAGAAAAAAAAGUUGAGGAAGCAGUUGGAUUAAAUAAUGACAGAGCAGAAACCCAAACAGUGGCUGGAACCAAACUACAAACCCAGUCAGAUGUUUUGAUUAUUGGUGCACCAAAGGCAGACAGUGUGAAUAUUCAAGAAAUGAUUCCAAGAGAAGUCGAGCCCAAGACUUUGAUGUCAACAGACUGCAAUAUAACCUCAGAGAAGCCAGAGACAGACUGUGUAGCCACAGCACAGACAGAAAUCAAGGCUAUGGCAAAACCCCUGACUGGCUGUGAGCUUGCUAACAUGCCAAAUGAAAAAAGUGAGAAUGUGACACAAUGUAAAACGUACCUUGCAAGAGCAAAUGAACCUCGGAGAAUAUCACAUUGUGAAUUGAAUCCACUGGAUGUGGGUGUAUUGGAGAUUGUGGACUCUUUAAAAGCUCCAACAGACAGUCCUGUUCCCACCACACAUAACACACAUGUAUCCGAAGACAGCACGGAUAGCAGAUCUGCUGCAGACACACACGGUCAGCAAGGUAAUCCAAAUGUCACACUAGAACCUUUUGCAGACGGUAUGCCAGGUACCACAAUGAAUAAUACACCGGGCACCUCUCAAGAACCCCAAGAAACAUCCAUAGUACGGGGAAGCACACACACACCUGAGAAAUCCCUGCAAUUACGUCUGUACGACAGGUCUGUGCCAGACUUGCGGUCACCCACUACUCUCGUACGUUCUCCAACCCCUGACGGAUAUCUGCCAUGCACGCCCACCUCAGACUCACUAACGAACACUCAGGAUUUGCGGCCCUACACUCCAGACUUGCGAGCACCUACACCUGACGGGUAUUUCUCAUUGAGGGAGGACUCCACUCCCUCCCCCACCUCGGAAGAGUAUUACGAAUGUAGCGACUCUCCCUUCCAUGACCCUGUUUUUGACCGAGCAGCUAUUCACAGCCAUGGGGCGACAGAGGAUCUUGUUAAUAGCAAACAAACAAAUGCUAUCACCUCUGCCAAUAGUCCUGCAUCCAUAAAUUAUACCGAUCGUGCUUCUACGCCAGGCCCUACAGACAGGAAUACUUGUCGCAGUGAAACAGAGAGUUUAUCUGGGGUUGCUAGUGUCUCCCCUUCUUCUUCUUCACCUCAGAAAAAUGUUACAUUGAGGGGGGAGGAGGGAACUGCAAAUGAUGAAAACAUCAGAAAGCAGGAUGAAAAGGGGAGUCUGGCAGAGAGGAGUAACAGGACAGAGCAAGAUUCUCAAGUGACAGAGAGGAGAGCCAGCGGGGAAGCUAAGAAAACAGCAAGCCGUUUGAAACAAAGUAAAGAUUCGACACAGACAGUAGAAAAAGAGAAGGAGGCUCAACUCCAAGCCCUGAAGAAAAAGAGGACGCUGAACAAAUCAGCAGCAGAGACAGUGGUCGACAGAGGACUGACUGCAGGAGAAUCAACCAAUGAGGGAACAGAGCCAAAGCGAUUGUCCACACAUGACCUUAAACCAGAGAAAGUCUCCUCUGAGGGAGAGGGAUCCGACAAAGUGGCUCCAGGACUCAGCAGCGUGGAGAGGAAAGACAGGCCCCAGUCAACCAAAGAGGCUGAGGGGCAGAAGCCUUUGCAUACUCCUGUCAAGCCUCUUCGAGCGCACCAGCAGCAGCAGGACAGCGGAGCAUCCUCCUCUCCCCGACCAGCUCAGCCAUCCAGACGCCUCUCAGCCACCCAGGCUUCGGGGCGUCGUCCUAGAGCAAGCCGUCCACUGAACCAGGCAAAAAGUAACGCGGCCAACGGUAGUUUACAGGUCAUAGAUGAUACCUCAUCUCCUAGCAGACCACCAUCCAGACCACCCCCUCCGCUGGUGGCUGCCCUGAAGCAGGCCAAGGCCUCCCACAGUUAACAGACCCCCUUUCUCAACAGCCUCCAGCAGUGCAGGACAGGGCGCAGAACCAACAUCCUCACCCAAAAUCCCAUGCCUCCCUUCGCCAAACACAGUCAACCAUGCAGCAGCAGAUUGAUCCUCUUCCCCAGAGCCAGACAGUAUCAGCGCAGGAAGCUUACGGCCAGGAGGAUGGAAAAGCACCAUUUAGCUUCACCUUCAGCAGGUUGUACAACAUCAAAGGCCUGAAGGACAAGAUGAGCAAGCUGCCAGCACAAAGCAAGAGAAGCAGCAACAGCUCACCAGUUAAGGGACGUGAGAGCACAAGCUAGUUUGGUACCUUCAGUUGUCCUGGAAACAAUUUAUAUGCUACUGUAACCUGGAAUAGUUUGACAUCUGACUUUGCUUUUCCCCAUCUUCUUCUCCCAGGAGGAACAUCUUGCUCACAGAGUCAGUGAAUGUCUGAACUUUAAACUCUCUGUUUGACCUUUUGCUUUUGACCUGCUCCCGUCUCGUCUGAUGUAGGGAGCACUUAACGUUGUUUUCCAUAUGGUCGUGUCCUGUAGGAAACCACAUAAGACUCAGUGUGAUCAGAUAGAUAUUUUUCUUUUGUUCUUUCUCUCUCAUCUCAUAUCUAGAGCUGGUUUUAAAAGAUUUAUAUUCAAAUGGCUGCAUCUCAAACUGUUAAAAUUCUUUUCACAUUCAGCAUUCAGCUGCCUGAGUAGUUGAGUUUUGUCCUUUAAUGGGGUCAUGACCUCUGAAGUCUCUCUAAAGACAUUAGGAGUUGAACCAUAGCUUCCUCUCAUGAAUUAUAUAUUGAAACUCAGGCACCACCAAAAGUCACUUGGCCUUGGUGGCCAAGAACAUUUUGUAAAGCAUGUAUAACUUUUACAUUAGGUGAUACUAACUGUAUAUAUAUAUACUGUAGAUCAAGCAAAAGCAUUUGUUUCCUGGAUUAACUUGUGAUUUAUUCUUAGUGAACUGUUUCACUAAAUCAACCACUUCCUCUUGUUUUAACAGCACUGGGACUUUCCUCAGUCUUUACUCUGCAGGAGUUUGUUUUAACUUUCUUUGUCAUUUUACUCAGAAAGCUAACAGAUGUGGGAGUUUCUCACAGUGUUGUAUCUCAAGGUGGUACCAUGUGCAUUUGAAUUCAGCGUAAUUCAUCAGUUCUUCCACUUUACUGGGAUGACUGUCAUUCCUGAAAAUGCACAUUAAAAAAGAAAUAUUGAAAUAGGCACUAUCACCGUCACUAUUGCUAUAGCAUGGCAAUGUUCACACAUAUUUACAGAAGCAUUUUUCAUGACAACUGAACAAUGAAACGUUUUUUUUCAGCAAUUUACUCGUUACUGCCACCACUUUACAUUCGUAGAGUGAACAAAUAUAUAUACAUGUUCAAAUGGCUAGCCUCAUGACAGGUAAACACAAAUAAAAAGAUAACAGUUUAUAUUGUGUUUAUAUGAGACAAAUGGGAGUUUUCAUUCCACAUUUGUAUUACAACAAAACAUGUUUUUUCUCAUCUGAGCAUCUGUAUAUUGUAAAAGGGUGUAUAAUAUGGAAUAUGGUAAAAAAAAAAAAAAAAAAAAAAACUGAUGAAAAACUGAUUGUUUUUUGAUUUCUCAGACCUUUAUUUUGGCUAUUUUGUAAUCUUCCACUGUUAUGCUGUACAUUGAAAGACUAAAGGAGUCAGGUUAUUGAUUUAUUCUUUGUUUACACAAAAUCCCAUUUACAUUCAAAAUGCUUCUGCCUGGAAAACAAAGUCACAGCAGCUGUGCCCAAACAAAGCAUAAGUUAUCUGCAGACUAGCACAAUAAACGGCUUACAGGACGGACUUGUUACUCUGAAGACAUAUACAGAUGUCCUGCAGAUUAUAAAACAGUGUACAAGACAAUGCCCUUGAAUUUCUCAGAGGGAAAGUGGGCAGAGUUGCUGUUUGUAGGACAAAUAAACUCAUUGAUGACAUCUAUGAAAUGGCUGCUAAUUCAUUACAGAAAAGUUGAACCUAAUCAUAUGUUGUCAGACAGUAAAAAGAAAUGAUUUACAAAGUUGCAAACAAGAAAAGUUCCAAUCUGUCAUGUUGCUGUGGGAGACUGUGAAUUUGAGGAUUUUCUGAGUGUUUGUGUGUUUACUUGCAGUUUUAUUUGACUUCUGUGAGUGCUUGCAUACAUUUUGUU